AUGUCUGCACACUUCAGACGGCGUCUGUAUGCCCAUUUGCGGGAAACAGCCAACCCAUUCCUCGGUCGCGUAAGAUCGAGUCACGUCAACGCCCCCAACAUCUGGAGGAAGGUUAUCGACCCGGUUUCGAACAGUCGCCGUUUAUCAACACCACCAUCGCCUCCGUCACUGAUCCGCAAGUUUGCAACAAGUGGAUUCCUGAUAUUUGGAGCCUCUCCGAGCUCCGCGGUUGCUGAAAAUUGCGCGAAAUGUAUACGACCAAGCAAAACGCUCCCAUCCCAACUGAUUUGGAGACGGGCGAUACAUACACCGAAUACACGCCCCGAGAAGGCGCCAUCGGAGGAAGUAUCUGGAAACUCGAAGGAAACAGAUGCUUCUCAGUCAACCAAGGAAGGCGAAAAUUUUCCAGAUACGCUGGAGGGCUCCCCCAAGCCACCAUCAGCGCCGUCUUCAGGCCGUCAUCUUAUGCAUCGCCUACCGCAUAUGCCUCAUUUGCAUCGACCUACUAAGGAAGAGCUGCUGGCUGCAGCAACUGGUUUCUGGUCGCGCUUGAAAGUUCGGUUCAAGUGGUUCUCAAUCCGAAGCGUCCGGCCCUUCAACCUUGAUGAGAUUGCCGCAUUUUUCUCAUGGGUUUUUCUGGGCCAUAUCGUUUGGGUCGUAGCUGGAACCACUACUUUCUUCUCCCUUUUGAUCCUCGCUAUCAAUACCGUUUUUGCACAGGGUAUGUUCGACAAUAUGGAUUCAAUUUGUUAUAUCCUGCUAAUGAGGCUUCAAGAAACGCUAGCUGGAUGGGUAGGAAACUAUCUUACGAAGUCAUCGGGACUUCAGGUUGUGUUCGAGUCUGCUAUUGUUCCCAAGUGGAGGAAUGGAGUGAUUACUUUCAAAAACGUAUUUGUUUCUAGGCGACCUGGCCAAGGAACAGGGUAUGUGAGUAAGGGUUCCUCCAAGACUGCAGCUGCUGCCGCUGCCGCGGCAAGCAGAGGCCACCCGAACACCGAAACCUUAGACCAGACUGAGGAGGAUACCAAUUACACACAGUUUGAUGUGUCUAUUGAAACAGUCAAUGUCACCCUUUCGUUCACAAAGUGGCUCAAUGGCAAGGGUCCUCUUCGCGAUGUCGAGUCCUUUCGCCACGAGCAUCACCCAGGAGACUUUGAGAUUGACUCGUUCAAAAUGCAUGAUGUACUGGUGACGUUGUAUCAGCCUGAUAACUUCCGCCCAUUCUCUAUCAGCAUCUUUACUUGCGACCUUCCCCAGCUUCGCAAACAGUGGCUCUUCUAUGAUUUCCUUUCCGCCAACAUGAUGUCUGGCUCCUUCGACAAUUCACUCUUCACGAUUCAUCCCCGUCAAACCCAUGGGUUCACUGGAAACCAAUUGGACGAGAGUAGCCCUUGGGAAAAGCACAGCAGGAUACGUGUCGAUGGGCUUAAUAUCGACCAUUUGAACCGCGGCGUUGAAGGGCCUUUCUCAUGGAUCCGUGAAGGAAAUGUGGACAUCGUGGCGGACAUAAUGUUCCCGGCCGAAAAUGACGAAAGCCUAGCAAAGGUGAUGACGGAUUUCUACGAUCGACUGGAAGCCACCGUCACCUCUAACCAAAUCUCUGGAACUCAUACUCCCGGUGCGAAUGUGGACUCAGACUCCGUUUCGGAGGCAGACAAAAGAUUCCUGGCCAUGGACUUACGGGUCCAUCUAAACAACGUGCGGGCAGCGGUGCCCAUCUUUACUCGGGACCUUUCUUACAUCAACAAUGCGCUCAUCCGACCCAUCGUUGCUUACAUCAACUCGAAACGCACCUUCAUACCCAUCAAUUGUCGCCUCGUCAAACGGGUGGGCGACUUUAAUGGCAGCUGGACGAUCUUCGACAGUGGAUUAAUGGAUGACCUAUCAGCUGCGGUAAGUUCUACCAGACGCUGCCUUCUGCUUCAGACAAAUUAA